AUGUCAAUAUACAUGUGUUUAUGGUUUUGCCUAGCAGCUCUUGUUGCUCUUCAGGUUGGUGCUAAAUCUACGCAAAGGAUACUCGGCAAACUUACAGAACAACAAGAUAAGGAUGAGGAUGUAGAGCGUGUAAAAAGAUACAAUAACGACAACGCAGACUAUGUUUAUGUCGAUCUUGGACAAGAACAGAACAAAGAUGAACCUUAUGAAGUAAUAGAAAUAGGAGUACCUGGGCCUCCUGGGAAACAAGGUGCACAAGGAAUAAGAGGAUAUCCUGGUCAAGCUGGAACUCCUGGGGAAAAAGGAUAUAAAGGAGACCCUGGUAAAACAGGACGUGCUGGACUUCGAGGGUUCACUGGGUCUACCGGACCAGAAGGUCAGAUGGGCGAUCCUGGGGAGAGGGGUAACACCGGAAUAAUAGGACCUGCUGGACCAUCUGGAUCAAUUGGACCUAUUGGACACAGUGGUGACCCCGGAAUAGACGGAGCCGAUGGACCACCUGGUGCUAAUGGUUCAAAUGGUGUACAAGGAGAACAAGGACCUCCUGGAAACUCUGGACUCCCUGGCCAAACUGGUCCAUCUGGUCUAUCCGGUCCUCCAGGACCGUCUGGUCCAACAGGGGAAAUUGGACACACUGGACCAGAGGGACCAAAGGGAGAUUCUGGGGACACAGGAGAUCAAGGAAACACUGGACUUAGAGGGGAAUCUGGAUCAAAAGGUCCACCUGGACCCAUUGGUCCAAAAGGAGAUACUGGUCCUACAGGACCUUCUGGUAUUUAUAAUUUGUAA